CGAGAAACAAGUCAGAAUGAAAACCGGACUAGCUCCUGGCUUCAAACUUAUUUUGCUUAUAUUGCUCGGUUCGAUUGGCACUAUCUAUGGACAGUUGUUCUCUUUGCAAGGACCCAACAAGUGCCACGACGUUUGCCCCACAGGAUAUCGCGUGGUCUGUGCCCUGCACGACGGUUGUCUGCGAACAUUCGCCAGCAGCUGUGUGAUGCGCAUGUAUAACUGCAAAUAUCAGAAAGACUAUCGAAUAAUAUCUAAAAGAGCCUGCGAGUUCAUAAGCAACGAGGACCUUCAAAAAUUGGAGCUCUAGCGGCGACAGCGCGGCCGACAGCACCCAGCAGCAGUGGGAGAUGGACGCUAGAUGUCGCCACAGUGCCGCGCGCAUGCGUUGCAAUAGAUGUAUAUAGUUCAAAGUGGCUGUGGCAUGACAGCCGCCAGGAUAUACAUAUAUCCAACCACUGCUGUUGCUGCUGUUUUAUGUGUAACUUUCUCUCUGGCUAAACUGUCGUCUCGUCACGCCACAACUAAAASAAGCGUACAUUUUAAUUUAAUUUAAAAGCGCAACUUUGACCUGUUUUAAUCGUAUACGUAUACAAUUGUGCUAAUCUUUUUUCGUGAUCUAAAUUUAUACCAACAAGAAUAAAAAUAA